AUGGCGGCGGCGGCGGCGACCCGGGUCUGUGUGAACAUCCAGAUGCUGCUGGAGGCGGCUGAGUACCUGGAGCGGAGAGAGCGAGAAGCUGAACAUGGCUAUGCCUCUAUGUUACCCUACAAUAACAAGGACAGAGAUGCCUUAAAACGGAGAAGCAAGUCCAAGAAAAACAGCAGUAGUAGCAGGUCAACGCACAAUGAAAUGGAAAAGAACAGACGUGCUCAUCUGCGGUUGUGUCUGGAGAAGCUGAAAGGGCUGGUACCACUUGGGCCUGAAUCCAACAGACAUACUACACUGAGUUUACUAACAAAAGCUAAAUUGCACAUAAAGAAGCUUGAAGACUAUGAUAGAAAAGCAGUACACCAAAUAGAUCAAUUGCAGCGAGAACAGCGGCAUCUGGAAAGGCAACUGGAGAAGCUGGGCAUAGAAAGAAUAAGAAUGGACAGUAUAGGAUCUACUGUUUCUUCAGAGCGUUCAGAUUCUGACAGAGAAGAAAUUGAUGUGGAUGUCGAAAGCACAGACUAUUUAAUGGGAGACCUAGACUGGAGCAGCAGCAGUCCUAGUGAUUCGGAUGAAAGAGGAAGCAUGCAGAGCGUCUGUAGUGAUGAGGGCUAUUCCAGCUCUGGCAUUAAGAGAUUAAAGCUGCAGAACAAUCACAAGCCUUGUCUCAGUCUAUAAGAAGCAACUCAGUAGCUGUUCCAUCCAUUGCAGUUUCCCUGUUGGAUCU